UUGACCUGUUUUCCCGGUUCCUAUUUGCGGUUAGUGAUUGAGCCAAGAUAUAGUAACAUAGGAAGAAGAGCAAGUUCCUCUGCCAAUUCAUGGAGGUCACCAGAGACGAAGCACCAACAGCAGGAGGAGGAGGAGGAGGUCAACCUCGAAGUCCCAUUUCUAACCCAAAUCCGAAUCCAAACCCUAACCCUAACCCUACUCCCACUACCACAGGAUCCAAAGGAAAAUCGUGUAAGGGAUGCGCAUACUACACAUCCCUUCAUAAAGCCAAAUCCAAAAACCCCACAUGCGUUGGCUUCUCCAGAACGCUCCAGCAGGUACCCCCUCACAUUGUGGGAGAAACUGAGUUGGAAGCUUCAAAAGAGGGCCGCAGCCUUACAAAUUUCAAGUAUGCUUGUAUUGGAUACUCUGUGUACUUAGACAACAAAGAUUCUUCAGCUGAAUCACAGGAUAAAACAGCAAAAUUGCCCUUUUGUGUUGGUCUUGAGGUGGUAUUGGAGGAGAAGUCCUCAACUUCACCGGUUGGCCAUGUUCCUGCUCCUGCUCAUAAAACUGAAGAACAUGAACAUGCUACUCCUCAACCACGAAGAUUUAAACCUCCAAAUAUCACAGCAGAAGAUUUCUUAAACAGGUUUCAAAGAAAUGCAAGCCUAGUGGCAUCCGGUGUUGCCAGAAACUUGAACAGAGUGGGUCACUAUGUAAAAGAGACCCUAGAUGACAUUCUAUAUAGGCGACCCAAGUGAAGCUGACAGUUGUAAUUAGUGUGUCCGAAAUAAUUUCAAUUUUACACAUUGGCCACUUUCCUUUCCUGGGGUCAAUUUAUUACUUGGGUUCUGGCAGUAUAUGUUGCACUUACUAGUUCUUCAAAUGUAUGUUUUUGUAAGAAUAAAAUUGCAUCACCACCACAAAAUUCACGUUGAUUCUUUUUUUGUUGCUUGUUCCAUAAUUCAUUCUUGGUUCCUAAUGUAGACAUGAAAAAUUUAUGUGGUGGUUUAUUA